AAAUGUUUCAGAAUAGAAGAAAUUGUCAGUUUGACAGAACAUUGACUGAUCGAGUGUUUUCUUUGGUGCUGGUUUGAAUUGAAAUUUUUUGUGAAACAGCAGUACAAAAUUCCCCUGAGAAUGGCUCCGAAAUAUAAAGACGAUGAAAUACGAAUCCGUCCUGCGAGGAAAGAGGACAUGCAGGCGGUCGCCGAAAUGAUUCAGGAGCUUGCUGACUUCGAGAAAAUGCCUAAAGGGCCUAAAAUGACUGUUGCUGAGUUACAACGUGACGGUUUCGAGCGGCAGCCGCCGUCGUUCCAGUGCAAGGUGGCGGAGGUGCAGCGGCCGGGCACAGCGCCGGUGGUGGGCUACGCGCUGUACUUCCCCACCUACUCCACCUGGGAGGGACGCUCCAUGAUGCUCGAGGACCUCUACGUCCGCACCAGCCAGCGGAGACUCGGCGUCGGGAAAAGACUGUUCAAGGCUGUUGCUAAUGAAGCUUCUUCAACUGGAUGCACCCGCCUAGACUUCCAUGUACUGGAGUGGAACCCAGCUCGCACCUUCUAUGAGAACAAGGGUGCCAUAAACCUGACCAACAAGGAGCAGUGGUGCUACUACAGGCUCGGGGGAGACGCUCUCAAGAAGCUCUCCCUGGAGCCGGCCGAGUGACAGAGUGGAGACAGAAACACUGUGUUGUGCGCUCACUUAUAUAUUUCAUUACACAUAAAUUUAUAAUAUACAACAGACUUCACUUUGUACAUAUAUUUCUAGUUCAUAUUAAUUAUGAUUGAGGCUUUUUACCAACACAAUAAGAACUUGUGUUUUGAUAAUAAGUCUCAAUUAAUUUCUGUAAUCCAAUACUUACCUACAGUGAUAGUUUGUGCUGGACCAUAUUAUGAAAUAAACAGUAUUAAGAGAAAA